AUGCAGCAAUAUGUCGCUAUGGACGAACCAUAUCUUGUCAGAACUCCAUCCACCAUCUCCACUCUCACCGAAUUCUCGGACUCAGACUUUCAUGACAUGGACAUCGACAGCAAUGACGAGGAUGAGGAGUUCUUUGACGCAAAUGAGAUGUCAUUUGCUGCAGUGGAAGGCCCAAAGAGGUCUAACGACAUCCGCGACAGCCUCGAGACUGGUAGUCCCUCCUCCUCCACAGAUAUCGACGGUGCCCAGGUCAUAUCAGCAUCUUUUGGUAACGUCCAUAUUGCCAAGAAGAAGUACCAGGCCGGGUCCAAUGCCAGCGUGCAAGGACAGCGCCAGGAGGAUAUUGGACAGGACGCCGGGCUGUCCCCGAGCUCUGAAGACACAGUCGACGACCGCUCAGGACAUAUAACGAAUGAGAAGUGCAUCAUUUCCGGACUUGAGUCACAGGUCCACGAGCUGCAGACCAAGAACAGAAAGCUUCAAAACGAAAAGUGGAACCUCGAGAACCGCGUCACUAGCCUCAAGGCUGUCAUUCUCACCAACAAUGAACGUGUGGCCCACAUGAAAACGCUCGAGACGCAGCUGGACCAUGCUCUUCGAUAUAUUGCCGCUCUCAAGAAACAGGUCCGCGCCCAAGGGGGUCUCGUCUUGGAAGACCUAUGGGGGGAUGAACGGGGAAAAGGCGACAACGAAAACGGUGAAGAAGACGACGACGAUGACGGGGACAAGUGCGUGCCAGUUUAUUUUCCUCACGCUGCGGCCAACCCGAAUCAGUACACCGCGCUGGAUUGCCAGAAACGGCGGGCAAUGAAGCACUGA